AUGCGGUCACCAUGCCCCAUCGACAUCACCACCACCCUAGACUCCGAUUUUACUCCUUCCGCCUUAAACCACCCAAAGUCGGGGUCUGCUCGGCUACUCCCUUUUUUCCACCGCGAACCACAAUCUGUCACCAUAACUCCCACCGUCAGUGUCCUUUCCACCAUGACGAACCACCAUAGUAGCACCAUCGCACCAAGGAAAUGCAACACCGGAACCCAUCCACCUUCUCUAUAUCUUUGUUUGUGUAAAAACUACCGCAUCACCUCCAUCGAGAACCUGAACGAUCAAGAUUCAGAGUUUCAGGACGCUGUGAUUUCACGAUUUGCCCUAAUUUCCGUUGAAUUGAUUGUUGCAUUUCACGAUUUCAGGAGGAACUAACUCAAAACAAGUCUCCUGAUUAUGCAUUGAAUGACCUGAGGUUGUUCAACUAUUUUGUAUGCUAAAUGCAGAUUGCAAGUUUCACUGUUUUCAAUAAGUUUUCAAGUUCAGCGAGUGGAUCUUGCUAGCGUAGAUUUGAGAAGCUCUUGCAGAUCAACACAUAACGACAACCUCAUUGACUGAAGUUUUGUUUGAAGUGACUCCGAUGAUGUUGCAUCAAUGAAGCAACCACCUUCUCAUCCACAUGGUGAAGCAUCAAUGAAAUUAGUAUGUAGAAAUGGUUGAAGAAGCCAAAACAACAGCAGAUGGUUGAAGUCUUCCUUGUUGAUUAUUAUAUUUCAUUUAAGGAUGAUAACAGUGUUGAUUUUUAUGUUCAAUUUAAGGAUUAUAUCAAUGUUGAUUUUUAUGUUUGAUUUAAGAUUUAUAUAUAAGCGUUAAUUUUACUUGAG